CCAUGUAAAAACAUUAGAUGUGAAAUCGGCACCGAAGCUCUGCAACUCUUCCCCUUUCUUCUUCAAUAUCUACCCCCUCACUUCUUCCUUUUCUCAUAUUCGGUAAUCAAAUUACUCUCAAGCUGAAAAAUUAAGCUCAAUUCAUCAAAUUCACUGCUUUUUGCAGCUAAUUUUGGUUGCCCAACUCGUUGACUGCAGUGAACCAUGUGAUACCUUCUGUAUAGGGUUCCAAAUUCCAAUUACUCUGAUAAUUUAAUACUCUUUUGCUGUUUUAUCUCUAUCUGUCGAUAUGUCUGAAGAAUUUCAUGGAUUCCUGGAAUGGAAUGAACACUUUGUUUCACAGGAAAAGGGUAAUAGAGUGGUUCAUUAUUACUUGAAGGAUUUAAAUGGUGAUUCUAUUCUUGCUGUUGUGGGCACUGAAAGAAGUGUCAGGCAUAUGAUUUAUGUUGUUUCAGAGGAGUUUCUACAUGCUUAUGGAUCUGAAACUUCUAUUACUCCUUGCUUUAAAUGGAGAUCUAAACGUGAGGUUGUGGAUUGGCUUACCUCAUUGCUUUCCAAGCAGCUUCUUCCACAUCAUUUUUCUGAAUUACGAAAAGCCGAUUCAAUGCAAGGCCCAAUGAACGGACUCAUUUCUCCAAGGAUCCAUCUAAGAUAUCCCAUGAGUCGAUUCUCAAGGAAGCUGAAAGGCCGUAAUUCGGAUAUCGUAUGGUCAGGUGAUGCUUGGACCUGUGCUAAACAGCUCACACAUUACCCAUCAUUUUGCAGGAAUAAAAUUACAAUAGCUAUUUAUUCUUUUGUUCUCGUCAUGGCUAAAGAGGAAAAACCAUACCUUGCAUACUUGGAAGAUAUGUAUGAAGAUAGGAAGGGACUAAAAAAGGUCAAAGUGCGGUGGUUUCAUGACAAUCAGGAGAUUGAGGGUUCGCGGGCCCAACCAAAUCCACACCCAAGAGAAGUUUAUAUCACACCUUAUGUUCAGGUCGUAAGUGCAGAAUGUGUUGAUGGUCCUGCCACAGUUUUAACUCCUGAGCACCAUGAGAAAUGUUUGAGUGUUCUUCCUCGAAUGUAUUCAACCAAAAUCCACCUAUGUUACAGACAGUUCAGAAACAAUACAGUUAAACCCUUUGACCUGACUAAAUUGCGAGGCUACUUUGAACAACCAAUCCUUUUGUGUUUGGAAGAAGAGAAAGAUUUUAGCCAUGGAGGCACCAUAAAUAAAGGAGUUAAGAGGUCCAGAAGUUGCAGAGGGCGUCAGGGAAUUGUGACAAGUCAUUCUGGUCUAAGGAUCUCUGGACCAAGGCCUAUGACUGUCAAGCACAUGGGAUCCAGCACCUUUUUUUCGCAGCCUCUUAAGAUUGAGGAGAAGAUUGAGCUAUUGUCUCAAGAUAGUGGCAUCCGAGGAUGCUGGUUCAGAUGUACAAUUUUGCAGAAAACACAAAAACAAGUUAAGGUUCGGUAUGAUGAUUUGUUAGAUGAUGAUGAUGCCAGUAAGCUUGAGGAGUGGGUCCCAUCUUUCAGAUUAGCAGCCCCAGAUAAACUAGGUCUGAGGAGUUCAAGCCGUCCAAUGAUUCGGCCAUGCCGUUCUGACAUAGAUAUGGAUGACAGUCAUGGCAUUGGAGCUCCAGUGGAUGCAUGGUGGAAUGAUGGCUGGUGGGAAGGAGUAGUGACUGAUACCAAGUACUGUGGGGAUCACAAUACCCUGCAAGUUUACUUUCCAGGUGAGAAUCUGCUAUCGACUUUCCAAAGAAGUGAUCUGAGGAGUUCUAGGGAUUGGAUAGGGAAUCAGUGGGUUGAUGUUAAGUCAGACCCCGAUAUAGUUUCUCUUGUAUCUGGAGCUGUAGGUUUAAUGCAGAACACGGUAUAGUUUCUCUUGUAGAGGUUUGUGAAGGGUUUUUGUUAUAAACUUGACAGUGUAGAUCAUACCCUUUUGCCUUGUAACUGAGAGGUAUCUGCACAAAAAUAUAUUAGAAUGUAAUACAGAUCACAGUGAUUUCAGAACAACUCCCUCUUGCGUUGUAGUUGAGCUUUUGCAAAUUCAUGUUAUGGUUUCUUAUA